GGCAACAAUCAUUUAUCCUCAAAUUCGUUCCUCUGUCUCCCAGUCUCUCAGUGCCUCGCUUCUUGCUCUCUGUCAUGGCGAGAGGAACAGAACGUCUAGUGAAGAACUUGAAGAAGUUCGCGGAUGUUCAGUACAAGCUUUUCACAGCUCGCUAUGGCCAACAGCUCAUUGACAUUUUCGAAUUCCCAAUAAAGCUCGUGCUCUCGCCUUUCACUCUUGCUUAUGACAUUGCUGGUUCUGCUCCUCGUGGCUUUGGUGUCCCCGAGUUAAUCUCCAAGCUCUCCUACGCUUCUAUAUUUGCUGUUGCUACUCUUGGGACUUAUGACAUUGCUUUGGAGCUCGGAAAGAAGGUGGUUUGUCAGAGGAACUGUCGAACCUGCAAUGGAUGGUCGGCAAUGCAGUGUACCAUGUGCAGAGGAUCAGGGAGGGUGCACUACCAAGUGAAAAAUUACGCCUUGAGAAGUGGGGAGAAGGCAACAGCAGAGUGCGUUGCAGAUGCUAUUGUUGAAAGUCGGGCUGAGUUGAUUCACCUUCCAUCUGCCAUGGAUCUGAAUACCUCCUUGCCAUCUAAGGACUGCCCAACUUGUGAUGGAACAGGUGUAAUGGGCUGUCCUGAAUGUAAACACAAAUUACAAGUUAGGAUCUCUGCAGAUGAUAUCAUGGAGCCCCCAUGGAUUGCGUACAAUGUCUUAAGAAAGAUGGAUUACCCAUAUGAGCACAUUGUCCACAGUAUGAAAGAUCCCAGCAUUGCUGCCUUUUGGUUGUUUACUAUGCCUCAGAUUGUUGGUGGUUUUGAGUAUGAUGAUGACGUCAAGAACAAAAUUUGGUGGCAAUACAAGGAAUCUAUGCGGUAUGAUGUACUUCGUGAUGUGGUGGCCAAGAGAAAGCCUGGCUGGGAGCACUUGCAGGAAGCAUUGAUCUCCAUAGAUCCUGUCCGUGCCAGGGAUGAUCCUGUCAUAGUGAAAAAUGUCCCUUACUAUAAAGCCAAGAAGGCAAUGGAAGUAGAGGUCAUGAAACUUGAUCCCCCACCAAGGCCGCAAAAUUGGGGAGAGCUGGACCUUCCAUUGAAUGCUUCUUCAUGGAACAAGGAAGACUUAAAAGAUCCUGAAAAGUUGUAUGAGAUGACUAUUCUUCUCAAUGCCCAAAGAGAAAUUGCUGACAAAAUUUUAGAUGCACAGUGGGAGACUAAAUGGCGUCAAGAAAAGUUAAAUGAGAUGUUGGAGGAGAAGGUGCGACCGUACAUGCAAAACGUUGACAAUGCAGCUCUUUCCCAGCCUAUAAUAUUACAGCCACAGGAUCAGAGUCGGAAGGGGACUCGGCAAAGGAGAUGGUGGUUCUUCUGAGAAUCCUAGUUUCACAAAUUUUUUCUAGCCGAGUAAGAGCAUAACAAGCUUGUGCUUGUCCCGGAUUCUUAUUGGUAAUUUUUCUUUUAUAGUUUAUUGUUCUCAUACAAACUCGAAGUUUGAUAGCUAUUUCCUUCAUGAGGUCGGUGGGGUACUAGUUUUGAUGUAACAACUAGCAUUCAUCUCUCUCUCGCUGUCUGGUUUGUGGAUGACUUGAGCGUAUUACAUAUAAUUGAAAUUUCAAUUUCUAUUAA